AUGCUCGAACCCGUCCACGAAAAUGGCCGCCGCUACUGCGACUCAACCUACUUCAUGCCAAACGACGAAACAGAACUAACAAGACUAAACAUCCUACAUCAAAUCUACCUAAUCCUACUAGACGGACACCUAACAACCGCACCCUUCCGGAGCAAUCCGCAAUCAUCGCCGCGAAUUUUAGACAUCGGCACCGGGCCAGGAGACUGGGCGAUCGAAAUGAGUGCUGAAUUUCCCAAUGCGGAAAUUAUCGCGUCGGAUAUUGGGAUCUUUGAUUCGGGAUUGGGACAGCUUGAGCUGCCGAAUGUGGACUUUCAACUUGCAGAUGCGCAGUCUGAGUGGACGUACCAUGAACCGUUUGAUUUGGUGCAUAUGCGUGGUCUUUCGGGGGCUUUUGCGGAUUGGGGUCGCAUUUAUCAGCAGGCUUUUGCGCAUUUGAAGCCGGGGGGUUUUAUUGAGGUUGCGGAUGCGGAUCCGGCGGGUGAUACUAUUUGUUUCUGUCGGGAGUCUGGCAAUGGGGAUGAGGUUGAGGUUGAGGUUGAGGGUAUGCGGGAUCUAGAUUUGGACUCGGAUGAGGACGACGACGACGACGACGAUUCGGACUCAGAACCAGAACCAGAACCAGAACACGAGUCAAAGUCAGAAUCACAGCCAACCCCAACCCCAACCCAAACAAACCUCCAAAAAUACACCACCGCCCUCCGAACCGCCGCAAAAGAAGCAGGAUACCCCCGAGACCUAGAACACCUCCGCAAAACAGCCCUCACAGCAGCGGGAUUCGUCGACAUCAAGGUCAUAGAAAGAAAUAUCCCAAUCGGUCUAUGGCCAGCCGACAUCGGCGAGAAAACGCUCGGCAAAAUGACCCUAAUCGCGCUGUUGGAAGGUCUGGAAGCGUACGCUUUACGACCGCUGACGGGGUCUGGGAAAUGGAGUCUGGAUGAGGCGCGGGCGCUUUGUGAAUUGGUUAAGGAGGAGGUUCUUGCUGCUGAGGGGUUGAGGGUUAAAGUUAGAGUUGUGACGGGGAGGAAACCUGUUUCGUUUGCGCAGAAGAGGAAGGAUGUUCUUGCGAGGGCUAGGGCCAGGGCGAGGUUUUUUAGGGAGAAGGGGACUGUGCCCGGGGAUGGGGAUGGGGAUGGGGAGGGUGUCGAUUGGGAUUUUGGGGAGAAGGAUCAUCAUGAUCCAUCGUGA